AUGUCUGAUUUCAAGUUUUUGGAGAAAAUUUCAUUAAAGAAACUUCAGCGUGAUGAAGUCCGUGAAAUUGGUCGCAACGUUCGUUUAGACAUACCUACUCGCCGACUGAAAAAUGGUGAAUUCUUCAGUGUCCCCGUGAGGGUUAAGCAGCAUACCAACAUAGCGGAAUUUACGUUAAGAUGUGAAAUCCCUAUUAAUACCUUCGUUGAAUUUGUGCGUGUGGUCUGGCCUUGGGAAGUUGACGAAUCUUCCAUAUUAUCAAACGGUCGUGAUUCUAGUGCACAUCUUUUGCAACUUAAUAGUGGAUUUACGGCGUGGGACAUAUCGCAGCGUCUUAUUCCAAGUCCAAAGGGCAACGUCACCGAAGUUGUAGCUCAGUACCGUGACACAGCUAUUGAUCCAGGCAUUGAUGACCAUUUCAGGGAUGAUCCAGUUAUCUACAAGCUUCUGUUUCGCGUAGUCCCGCCCCCGAGGGAUUCGGUCGGACGAAUUGGCCCACGGUUUCUCUGGAGUUUGGUCAGCCUCUCCCGAAAGAACACCGCCGACCAACCCACCAGCGGAAGUCCGAUUGUCACGCGGCUUGAUAUUGAGUCCUUUGAAUUCAAGCAUCUCGUCUUGGUAGUUAAGUCGAGGUCCCUAGUCAACACAGCCGUUCUCUCAGGCCACCCAAGCCAAUACCCCGUGUGGGUGUUCGGUCUUACGCAUGCCCACGAGCUGCGCGACGUCACGGCGCGGUCAACGUGCCACACGGGGGAUGAGUCCGUGGCGCACUUCCCCCGCGAUGCCUGUGCGGCGGGUCUCACCUUCUCGGGCGGAGAGUUGGGUGGUGCACAGGAUCUCUUGCUGGUGGCCAAGGUGGACCGUACCAAUGCGAGGGAACAGGUCACCGUCUGGUUUCCACGACAAUCGGAUGGCGUCUCGUUAGUCGUGGAUCAACCUCGCGAGGGACAGGCCUUUGCCUCCUCCACACACCCUCUCCAUGAAUACUCAUUCACCUCAGUCUUUCUGCAUGGAUUAACCGACAACCAGCAGGCAAGCGUAGCACAGGGAAGACGUCCACGCAUUCACGCCGCUACUUCAGAAGCCCAUUUUCAACAAAAGCGCCUUCGCGUUAUAGCCCGAUCAAAAAAGCAUGCCCAGAAGGAGUUUCGUCUCCGUUUCGCCAUGGAUUACACAGGUGUGGUGGCCGCGAUUGCGCCGUUCGAACUGGUCGCUGCAACUUUUCGAGGACUGCCUGCGGUGGUUACUGUGCCGCGUGGUGGUUCAUUAUCCAUUAACUGGCUCUUGUUUGUGUGCGUAUUUAGGCCAGAUUUCACAACCGCUAAUGCCAGAAUUCAGUCAGGCGAGUAUUCACCAUCGACUCAUACCGAGAGUGCAUCAAGUCCUGCAUUAGACGUUACCUACCUUACGGCUCAUUGUCUACGCUUGGAGUAUGCAAGCGAAGGAACCUCUUUCAUGGAGGACGGGAAGGAGGUUCCAGUACGGCUGGUGCUGGUUAGAGAAGAGCAGAGACAGGACCGAUCAGAGGAGGGGCCGGCGGCAGCCCGUGUCUGGCUCGUAGGAAGGCGACCGGGGAGGGUGCGAGUCAAACUAGCUUCAGUGGCGGAUUCACCACUUGUUAAGGCGGCCCUUCCAGCCUCCUUGGCCCGCCUGAGAAAACAACAAGCCAAACAUCGGUCUCCAGUGUCUGAUGGAUCCCCCUGGAAACCACAUCAACCUCCAAUCCUGUGGGUGACAGUGACUGACGGCGAUUCAAUUUGGCCUGUUGGAAUCACGGCACAGCUUGUUACAGACCUCACAGUAACCGUCACGCAGCAGGAUCGCUUAGAAAACCAGCUUCCCAUUGGAGCCACGCAGUCGCAUUACCAAACAAUGAAUAAAAGAAAAGAAAACUUGGAUUUCGCAUUUUACACAGCACAUAUCCGCUUCUCCGGAAGUCGCGUGGCCUGGGAAUUGGGUCAAUGGCCCCUCCCAUUUACCCUGGUCAUUGAUAGUCUGCGUCCCGAUUUGGUGCGUGUCGAUAUGCCUCCGAUGCCGCCAUCACCACCUUCGUCCCCACCGUCUCAUAAACACCAAAAACGAUCCCUCAAAUCCCCACAAUUUACCUUCCACAGACACGGGGAUAAGAAUGACACUCAAAAUGCAUUUCUACGACCCGAAUGGCUUGGUCCAACUGUCUUUCUUCUCCGGGAAGAUGAAUCGUUUAGUGGUGAGUUCGUUGAUGUUUUUAUUGUUUCUGACCUUGUCUUUUCAGACAUGGGAGAAAAGGGUGUGCUGGUGAGCAUUCAAAGUUUUGGUCGCUGA